CUUGCCUUCUCCUCCUUGGUGCACAAGGUCGACCUCCAUCCCACCACCAUGUCCUGCUUCGAUCUGUGCCGUCCCUGUGGCCCGACCCCACUGGCCAACAGCUGCAACGAGCCCUGUGUGCGUCAGUGCCAGGACUCCCGGGUGGUGAUUGAACCAUCUCCUGUGGUGGUGACCCUGCCUGGACCCAUCCUCAGCUCCUUCCCCCAGAACACUGCUGUGGGCUCCAGCACCUCUGCUGCUGUUGGAAGCAUCCUGAGUGAGGAGGGAGUGCCCAUCUCCUCCGGUGGCUUUGGCCUCUCUGGCCUGGGUGGCCGCUUCUCUGGCAGGAGGUGCCUGCCCUACUAAGGAUGAGGUGAACGUCCCUUGAACCCAUUGCCCAGGAAGCCUGAAGCCACACACCGGACUGAGGAUGGAGCUGCUGGCCUGAGUUUCCAGAUAGGCAGAGCACCCUCAUGCCCUGCUGCAAAGCCUGUGGUGUCUGGAAGCAUGGCCCUCUGAUGUCUUCUUCUUCUCCCACUUUCCACUCAUCAUCAUUAGGAGUCCAUCUUGUCUCCUGCUGUUCUGUGCACUGGGUUCAUCCUGAAGCAAGUUUAGAUGGUCCUGCUUUUUCUCCCUCUCACUAUGUGAGGGAGGAAGAUGUGCAUCCCAUUCUGGUGAAGGGAUGUCUGAAUACCAGCUGCUCUUGUUGCAGCCUGGACCAGAUCCCUUCCACCAUGCAUUGCUUUAUUUUCUACCUUCAGACUCAAUAAAGUUUAUGCUGCAUUAU